AGACGUUUUGAGGAGGACCUUUGGGCUUGCUCAGGACGCAGGGAUCAGGGUGCCGCAAGAUGUCGAACUUGCCGCUGAGCGACGAGCUACAGCAGCUCUUCAAGGAGAUCACACACGGCACGCAUGCGAGCGAUGCGCCUCCGCGGGCGAUUCUUGUCCAGAACGAGAAUGGGAUCCUGACGCUCGUCACCUCUGCUCCACCCGAGGGCUCCGACAAGGACGACUUUACCUCUGUGCUCUCCAAGCUCUUUUCGAGCGAACCGAGCAGGCCAGGCUACGCGCUGUACCGCCUCGACAGCAAGUCGCCCGCGGGCCUCUACGAAUGGCUCAACUGCGCCUACCGGCCCGAGUCUGCCAAAGUGCGCGAGAAGAUGCAGUACACCUUGACGCAGUCGAGCCUCCUCGCUGGGCUGAGCGAGCAGCACUUUCUCGAGACCGUCUACGGCAGCACCGUGGGGGACUUUAGCUUUCCAAGGACGCUGCGUAACCAACGCAAGCACGACUACCAGAACCCGCAGCAGCAGAUCAGGGGCAAGAGUGCUGCCGAGGCUGCUGGCACGGGCACGGGAGGCGCCAGACGCAACUUUGACGCCUCUGCACCCGUGGCGAAGCCGUCCCCGCGAGAGUCUACCACUAGCUCGGCAGCUUCUGCUGCUGCAACGUCAUCGCCUGCCAUCUCUUCUGCACCAAUGACCAAGGAGACAGAGACGACUCCCGCGCCAAAGGGUGAGGAGGAGAGCGACGUCAUCACGGAGCCGGAGCAGAAGCAGGAGCGGGAGGCGUUUGCCAAGGGCCAGGAACAACAGCAGCAGCAACAACAAGAAGGGCAGAAGCAGUUCAUGCCUGAGCCAGAGGAUGUUGUGUCGAAGGACGUCAGCACCCCUCCGCCACCACCCGAGGUCGUCGGCAACUCGGAGCCGCCACCGCCGCCCGAGCCGCAGAGCGAGCGCGAGAGGGAGGCGCGGAAGGAAGGCGAGAAGGACAUUGCCAAGGGCAUUGCAAAGGGCGAGGGCGUCGAGGUGGACGACGCUGCGCUUGAAAAGUCGAUUGAUCAGCCGAGUGACAAGAGCGACAAGGUGGAAGCGACGGCGGCAGCUGCUGCUGCGCCAGCAGGACUGGCCGCCAUUGCUUCUACAGCUGCUGCCACCUCGAACAGCGAGCCAGAGGAGACGGAGAGAGAGGAGAAGGACGAGGCAGCCACCUCGAUUGCUCCUUCGGCCAACGACCUCCCGCCUCCCUCGAAGGCCGCACCUGCCCCUGCCGCAGCUGCCGCCCCUGCCACUACCACUACCACCGCUGCUGCUGCCCCACAAUCCGUGUCUCGAGGAACGGGGACGGGCGCAGCGGGACUCGAGACGGAGCGGGAGAAGCACCUGGCUGAACUCAAGCGUUCCGAAGAGGCCGAGCGCACCAGUUCCAGCCAAGGCACCUCGUCGGGCGUCAGGAUGGGCUUUGCCUGGGUUGCUGACGUCGAGCCUGCGAUUCGCGGACUCGCAAACACCGUGUCUGGCACGGCGGAGUGGAACCUCGUCGUGCUCACCGUCGAUCUCGCCAAGGAAGAGGUGCAGCUGCGCCAGCCGCCGCGCUUUGUCCCGCCCGGCGAUGUCGCUGCCGCGCUGCCGCUCCACGAGCCCCUCUAUGCCUUCUACCGGCAUCCAGACGAGCCCGAAGCCAAGGGCGCAGAGGGAAGCGUGGGCUUCAUCUAUGUGUGCCCCGAGGAGAGCAGCGUGCGCCAGCGGAUGCUCUACUCGACCAACGUCAUCAAGCUCGUCAAGUCCGUCGACGCCAUGCAGGGCCUGAGCGUCAUCAAGCGGCUCGAGACGGGCGACCCCACCGAGCUCACAGCCGACGUCCUCUUGGAGAACUUCGUCAAGGUGGCAGCAGACAGCAACGGCAGCACCCAGGACAAGCCGCUAGACCGCCAGGGCUUUUCGCGGCCUAAGAAGCCCGGAAGACGGUAG